AUGGGGCGGCUUUUUGUGGUGAACCUUGAAGGGAAGAUCUAUAGUUGCAAGCACUGCAGAACCCAUCUUGCUAUUUGUGAAGAUAUUGUGUCAAAGUCUUUCCACUCCAGGCAUGGAAAAGCUUAUCUCUUCAGUAAGGUAGUGAAUGUUACUAUGGGAGAGAAAGAGGAGAGAAUGAUGAUGACCGGGAGGCAUACUGUUGUUGACAUCUUCUGUGUUGGGUGUGGAUCAAUUGUGGGUUGGAAAUAUGAGACUGCCCACGAAAAGGCACAGAAGUACAAGGAAGGAAAAUCUGUCCUCGAGCGGUUUAAGGUGUCUGGCCCUGAUGGAAGCAGUUACUGGGCCAAUCAUGAAGUUUCGCAGCAUGUCGGCGGGAGUGAUGCUGAUGAUGUUUGA